GAAGAAGAAGAAGAAAUGAAGCUCAAAGUAUACGUGGAUAGGUUGUAACGACCUUCGCGCGCGAUUUUGAUCUUCUGCAAGGUCAAUUAUAUAUAAUUCGAGGAGGUGCAAAUGAACGUAGUCAAACAGCAGCCUAAGUCUCCUGAAUCCAAAAAGAUAAACCCUAUGAGACAAGUUCCAGCUAUUGCUGAUGGGAGGGUUAAUCUGUUUGAGAGCCAUGCGAUUCUUGUCUAUCUUGCUUGUGCAUUUCCUGGAAUUGCAGAUCAUUGGUAUCCAGCUGAUCUUUUCAGGAGAGCUAAAAUUAACUCGGUGUUGGAUUGGCACCAUUCCUACUUACGCCGUGGUGCAGAGACAUAUGUUCUCAACUCUGUACUUGCUCCUGUGCUUGGAAUUCCAUCAAGUCCACAAGCAGCUGCUGAAGCUGAGAAACUCUUGUCUUCCUCUUUGUCAAAAACAGAAUCUAUUUGCCUCAAAGGGAAUGGAAAGUUCUUGUUAGGUGCCUUUCAACCAUCCAUAGCAGAUCUCAGCCUGGUUUGUGAAAAUAUGCAACUUGAGCUUUUGGAUGAGAACGACUGCAGUAGAAUUCUUGGCCCUCACAAGAGAGUUCUAGAGUGGAUUGAGAAAACAAAAAAAGCGACAAGACCUCACUUUGAGAAGUAAACAGUCCUCUACAGAGCCAAAACAAAAUUUCAAGGGCAGCGGUCCAUGGGAGCAAACAAUACUAAUUCAAGCAAAAGAUUGGCCUUCAAAGAUAAAUGGCCUGAUCCAUGA